AUGUUCGUCGAGAGAUUCAACGAAACAUUCCUUAUGAUUGCUUCCAACAUGGAGUUGAUGGUAUGCAUCUCGUAUUGUACCCAACUGAUUGGGGUGAUUGUAUUGAUGAGGAUUUUCAAAACAGCUUACUUCCUUAUUAAUGUCAAAACUGUGGCUUUGGCCUCAGCGUACGUUGUUUUCUGCAAGCUUAGAUACAGCCAGAGUAAGUUUAUGCAGGCAUUGGUCAGCUCCUAUGAUCUGCGGAUCAACCAGUUUAUUUAUGGAAGCAGAUUUAUUCCGGCUGGUUUCAAAACCGUUUUCGUUAAUUUGAGAGCUACUCCUGUUUUACCUGUUUCGCCUCAUCCAGACGAUUUCUUCAAAAGUUCUUCACCCGGGAAAAGAAUCUUAUCUCCAAUAAAGCGAAAGAUGCUCCCGGAUCCUGAUGAGGACGUUUCCACCUAUCUCACCUUCGCUCCCUGCACUUACAGCACUGCCAUCAAAAUCACCAUUAUGGAGCCACCAGAGACUCUCUCUCGCAAACGUUGUCACGAUAGCAAUGAGAUUGAUGAUACGAGUGACGGGCCUUCUUCUACCCACGACAUUUCGGGAACCCCCAAAUUCUACUUCCACGGCGAUGGCGCCUCGGUUGAUCAGCGGACUCUUUUUAAACUAAGAACCAAGUUACUUAGGUGUAAUGACUGUCAUAACAGCGCUUCUCUACUAAUGUGUCUUCAGUGUCCCAAUGUGGGUUGUCUAAACUCAGGUCAUGCUCUUGAACAUGCCUCAACUAGUGGUCAUAUAUUCGGUAUAAGCACCUCGUCUGGUCACAUGAUGUGCUUGAAAUGUAAAGAGGUUGUAGGUGAUCCUGAAUUGGAGAGAAUUAGAGUGAUGAGCCUUAAAUUUAGUGGAAUACUGUCCACUUAUCCUGGGAUGCCGGUACUAGACUGCGAGCACAAUACUGAGAAGGAAAAGAUAAUGAAUCGCCAAUCUCGUGAACCCACAUUCAAAGCUUCUAAAGGCUUGAAAGGUUUCAUUAAUAUGGGAUCUACCUGUUUCAUGAGUUCCAUACUGCAAGCGAUGGUACAUAAUCCCUUUAUUCGAGACUAUUAUUUGUCUGGGUCUCAUCUUGAUUGUACUAAGGGUAUGGAAUAUUGCAUUUCCUGUUGUGUUGGUGAGAUCUUUAAAGACUUCUACACCUCUACGAGUACUGCUGGUUUUGGUCCCAGUUCGUUACUUUCAGCAGCCUGGAAGAUGAAAAAGUCUUUAGCAGGAUACUCCGAGCAGGAUGCCCAUGAAUUCUGGCAGUUUCUUAUCCACCAGCUUCAUAAAAAUGAUACUAAGUGUUCUAAAGUAAGAGAGCCUACACCUUCUUUGGAUAGUGACUGGGAAGAGAGAAGUUUGGUCUCCAAUCCUCUGUUCAACUGUGAUUGUAUCACCCAUAGGACGUUUGCCGGUGAAUUGCAAAGUACGCUUAGGUGCACAGAAUGUGGUGGGGAGCGUGUAACGGUGGAUCCAAUGUUAGAUCUAUCUUUGGAGAUCCAGGAAAAACGAGAACCGCUUAAAAACAUAGACGAAUGCCUGAGAAAGUUCACUAAGCAGGAAAGAUUGGAUAUCAUGCACCAGUGUCCUAAAUGUGGUAAGAAAACUGGAGUGAUGAAGCAGUUGAAGAUCAGAAAAUUGCCUCCUACACUUUGCAUUCAGCUCAAAAGGUUCGAACAUGUUGCUGUGUCUACUAAAAUAGACGCCCACAUUGACGUUCCACUUCUGCUCGAUAUGUCAAAGUACACUCUUGACGGUAAGAGAAAUGGUGACUCUGGCUCAGACCUCUACGAAUUGUAUGCAGUCGUUUAUCACAUUGGUUCGGUCAAUACAGGACAUUACAUAUCCUUAGUUAAAGACAGGGAUGGUAUGUGGUUCAAGUUCGAUGAUGCCCAUGUGAUCAGAAUCUCUGAAAAAGAUGUUCUUAGUGCCCAGGCCUACUUGUUGUUCUAUGUGAUACAUGAGAUGCCGUAA